CCGGUUUCUGGAAACCCUAUAGAGCUCUUCGUCCUUGGUGAUGAGUUUGCACUUUCUUUGUUCCUUGUUUUGAAGUGAGAAGAAAGAAAGCAAGAAUCUCUGUGUUGUUCACUGUAGCGAGAGAGAAACAAAGAAAGAACCAAACAAGGGAAUUUGAGUGUGCGUGCUGUCAAAAAAACCACACACACACACACAAAACCCAUACCUCAAUUUUCUCAUUAAAAUCUCCCACUUUCUCACGUAUCUAUCUUAACACUGAUCAACAUAGAAACAAAACAUAGAUAGAUAGAAAAAAAAACCAAACCACUUUCUCUCUCUAUCAUUCUUCACAAUAACAUCACCAUAAUUACACACACCCUAUAGUUCCUUCAUCUCGUUUCAUCGUCAGUUCAUUCUCUCUCUCUCUUCUCUCUCUAUCUAACUUGUGUUGAAGAGAGAUUCAUUUUCAGCUUUUUUUUCUUCUAUGGCUGAGGGUUUUGAGGCUUACCAUGUGCCACAACAAAGCAGAAGAGAUAAGCUGAGGGUUGUGGCGACACAGAACCAACAUGGUCUCGUUGAGCCCUCGUCUUUGCUUCCUUUGUACGACCCUUCUUCGUUUAUAUCUUCUGAUUUGUUGACAAGCUUCCACAACGGCCAAAAACACAACUUGGGUUGUGGUAUGAAGGAAGAACGUGCGAAUUUGAUGAUGGGUUUUGCAGCAGCAGCAGGAGGGGGAGGAGUUAUGAACAACGGCUCUUCUUCUUCGUGUUGUUCUUCUAACUCCUCUUCUGUUUCUUACUUGGAUCCUGAAUCGUCUUUGCCUUUGAACCAAGCCACAAUUCAGGUUAUUAACAAUAGCAACAACAACAACAUGUUUCUCUACCAAGCACAGAACCUGAGAGAGUUUGAUCAGGGUUAUAAUAAUAAUAACAACAAUAAUAGUGAAAUCAUGGUGUUUAAGCCCGAGCCUUUGUCUUUGUCUCUGUCAUCACACAACAACGGUGUGAAUCUUCAGCGAUAUGGAUCUGUGGUUUAUGGUGAUAAGGUUGGUGGGGUUGGUGGUGGUGGUGGUGGUGGUGUAGUGAUUUAUGGUGGUUCUGGUUUGAAUGAGGUUUCAAGGUGCACAGUGCCAAUGGGGCCAUUUACUGGCUAUGCUUCUAUAUUGAAGGGAUCGAGGUUCUUGAAGCCUGCGCAGCAAUUAUUGGAAGAGUUAUGUGAUGUUGGUGGGGUUUGUGCUGAGAAGAUUGUGGCUGAUGCAUCAUUAAUGGAGCCUAUUCCUCCAGAGAGUUCAAGUGAAGAUCCAUUAGGGGAUCAUGGGGGUGAUCAGGGUCGCAAAAAAUCUAGGCUCUUAACUAUGCUUGAUGAGGUUUACAGGAGGUACAGGCAAUACUAUCAGCAGAUGCAAGCGGUAGUAACUUCAUUUGAGUAUGUUUCUGGCCUGAGCAAUGCAGCUCCCUAUGCAAGUUUGGCUAUAAAAGCUAUGUCCAAACAUUUUAGAUGCUUGAAGAAUGCAAUUACUGAUCAGAUUCAGUUUGCCAAUAAAGCUCAUUUUCAUAUCAGCAACAGGAAAGAUGAAUCUCCAAGGUUUGGCAACAGUGAUAGAGGCCCAUAUGGCCAAAGGCCUGGGUUUCUUGAGCACCAACCUGUUUGGCGGCCUCAAAGAGGACUCCCCGAGCGCGCUGUGACUGUCCUCAGAGCAUGGUUGUUUGAGCACUUUCUGCACCCUUAUCCCACUGAUACUGACAAGCUAAUGUUGGCUAAACAAACUGGUCUAUCUCGUAGCCAGGUGUCUAAUUGGUUCAUUAAUGCCAGAGUAAGGCUCUGGAAGCCAAUGGUGGAAGAAAUACAUAUGCUAGAAACACGGCAAGCUCCAAAGAAUCUGCAGAAGGAAGAACAUUGCACGAACAAGCCAAGUGAUCAUUUGCCUUCUGAUAACUCCAUUGUUUCUGAGAAUCCAUCUACUUCCACAGAUAAAUUUCAGGAAGCUCCUUACAAGCGUGCCAUAAACGAGCUUCCUAACAUACCAGUCAGGACUCAGGAACAGCUGAAUCUUCCCUGCACAAGCAAUCAGCCAGGGGGUGUUGGAGUGAGCAUGGGUGGCAGUGCAAGCAAUAGUGUGUCACUCACACUAGGCCUCUAUCAAAACCAUGGUAUUGGUUUGGCUGAACCUUUCCCCUUGAAUGCAGCGCAGCGAUUUGGUGUUGCUCUUGAAACCAACAAUGAAGGCUACGUUAUGAGUGAUUAUGAGUCACAAAAUAGGCAUUUUGGAAGAGAUGUCAUUGGAGGACAACUGUUGCAUGACUUUGUAGGCUGAAGGUCUUCAAUGUCAAAUAACAACAACUUUGCCUGGAGUUUUAAUUUGAUUGGGGUGAUAUAAUACUAACCAUGUUUCUGUUGUGCUUCCAUGAAUUAUCUAAAAGUUAGAAGAGGGAUUGGAAUGUUGCACUUUGUGGUGGUGAUGCUGGCAAUGAUGAAUGAACCUUCCAGUUAUGGGGGAUUAACUGGUCUUUUCUUAUUGAGCUCACUUGUAUGGAGGUUGUAAAGGGGUGGGAUUAAUACUGUGUCAUAAUAGGAUGUGAUCCAAUUCACCCUUGUGUUGUUGUUGACCUCAAUUGCUUGGAGUAAAUCCAAAUGUUCUGGCUAUUUAAGCUGUUUGUAAGUUUUUACAUUUUAUAAAAUAUUAUUGUCAUCCAAACCAGGUAAAUGGAUUUCAAUUUGCAAUGCUUGAAAUCUUGUACAACAUGAUUGUUUAAGUCAUCAUGUUAGUAAUAUCUUCGGGUCUUAUGCUUCAAA